AUGGGUAACGGAGCCAAGGCCAACCAGAAGCGUGAGCGCAACAAUGCCGACAAGAGCAAGGUUGCCAAGUCGCAGACUAAGACCAAUGAGAAGGCCAUGAACAUCCAGUGCAAGGUCUGCCUGCAGACUUUCCUGCAGACUACCAAGGCCCCUGCUCUGCUUGAGCACGCUUCCAACAAGCACAAGAAGGGUCUUGCUGACUGCUUCCCUGGUGUGAGCGCAUAA